UUAAAAGCCCUUGCUUAUUGUCACUAAGCCCAUUACAAAGGCUUUAUUAGGUACCUCCUAGAAAAGGGUAACCGGAUACCCUUCUAAUUAUAAGGAGAUAAUACAAUAGGGCAUUUUCUUUCACUAAUGGGUGCCAUCAAUCAACAUGCUAUAUAAGGGAAAAAAUCUUUCCCAAUACCAUCAGUCUUUUGUGGCAACUGGAGAAAGCUGUACAGUCAUGAUAACUCGGCCGUUACUUUGUGUGAUAGUAUGUUUUGGAUUCUUCAUUUUAAUUCAAUCACUAGUGCCGAAGGUGAUGGCAAUGAAACAUUCUAACGUAGACGAAUACAUGCUAGAAGACCAAAGGACCCGCAAACGAAAAAACUAUGUCGUAAGACUGGCUAGAGACAGCGAAAUUUUAGGCAAGCCUGGUAACGUAGGAACAAAUUACGAUACGGACUCCUUCCAACUGGAACCAGCAAAUCCUGAUGAGUUGUCUGCUUUCAUAGUUGAUUACGCAAACAUGAUACGAAAUGACGUUAUUUUAUUAGAUAAGUCAGUCGAAACGAGGACCCGGAAAAGGGGUAACAUUAAAGUCGAGAAAUAUAAUAAUCAAGCAUUACCGGAUCCUCCCUGCGCCUGUAAAUUCAGCCCAAACAGAACGGAUUUGGGUGAAAACACCUACCCACGUUAUAUAGAAACUAGAAAUUGUAGUCAAGCACGUCAGCAAUCUUGUCGCCCGCCUUACGUCUGCAGAGAAAACUACUACAACAUAACAAUUAUAAGGAGAAAGGAGUUUCAAAAUCAGGCUACGCUAGAGGAUAUACCCCACGAUUUGAAGUUCAGAUGGGUGGCUGAAAACUAUCCCGUGAGCGUAGGCUGUGUCUGUACCAGAGACUACUACGCUACCGAGAAAUAAACGCCCUGUACAUGAUAUCGACUUUUGGAAAGUAACUCGAAAAUGUCUUUCCAUAUCAGUGAAAUAUGUGAAUAGAGCCGUUAUGGGCAAAUUUUAAUCAAUAAAACAUGCUGUGGAUCUUGUA